GAGAAACAGCUUCAUGACCAACUUUCACUGGAUGGAAGGAGCACAAUCUGAAACGGGCUGAGGAACAACGAGGACACAAACAACGGGACAGCACUGCUGAUGAUGAGAAUGAAACCCCAUCACAAACAGCAACACCGGUAGAAGAAGCUCCUGAAGAGACGGGAAAAUGAACAGAGGAUAAAAUAAGACAUUAAUAAUUAAAACCUGACAGGAAAAAAAAUUAUUUGAUCUUCAGUUCCACUUCUUUUAUUCAAGAAAAAUAAUAAACGAUUAAAAGAGGAGAGGCAGACUAACAAAGACAUCAACUCAAGUUUGGAAAAGAAAAAAAAGGUAAAGAAAGCAGAGACUUGGAGUAGACACAACCCUGGGAUAUCGUACCGAUUAAAGAUGUCCAAGUCCUUCUCCCAUCUGGGUCGAACCGGACCUGCAGGAUGUAAGAGCCACAGUUUGAAGAAAGAGCUGCACAGCAAUCCUGCCUGCAUGUUAAGGAUUGGAGAGAGGCUGAUGAAGGCGGGCAGCGAGGGCAACCUGGUCCACAAACCCACGAGCACCCAGAACCAGAGCCAGACGUCUUCAGAUGGCCUGCAGCACAAACACCAACAAGUCCUGAAGGAACAGAACACAAAACUUACAGCAAACAACUCCAGGAAAGAUCCACACUCGUCUCCCAGCACUUUACCUCGGAGCUACGUCUACAGCUCCACUCCUGCCAGCAGAGAGAGUCAGCACUCUGACAUGGAGAGGAAGAGGGAGGUGUUCCUGGAGCACCUGAAGCAGAAGUAUCCAAACCAUGCUGCCAUCAUCAUGGGACACUCAGACAGCAUGAGGGACCAGGUGAGGAGUAUCCAGUCCUCAGGUGUGGUGGGUUUGGUGGAGGAACAGGACCCCCUGGCUUUGGAGAUCAUGGCUGAUGAAGAGGUGAUGUCUCCUUCAGCCCACUUUCUACGAGGCUGCAGAUCCAGAUCAAGUCUCCCUGCAGGUCGCUUAAGUCAAACACGAGACAGGCCUAAAGGUGUGUUAUACCUGCAGUAUGGAGAGGAGACAAAGCUGGUCCGGAUGCCACCACCGGAGGAAAUCAGCUGUCAGGACUCUGUGCGGGCUCUGUUUGUCAUUGCGUUUCCCGACCAGCUCAACAUGAAGAUGUUACAGUCUCCCAACAUGGCCAUCUACAUCAAGGACACCAACCGUAACAUUUACUACAACCUGGAGGACGUCAGAAACAUCACCUCUUCUUCCUGUCUGAAGGCUUAUCAUAAAGACCCAGCGCAGGUCUUCAACAGACAUGCUAACGCUGAGGGACGGAUUUCUAAAGAGGUGUUGUACGGCCGCCACAGUCCAGUCCACAGGAGGUCAUCAGGCCGCAGCACACUGCAAGGCCUGCAGGGAUCUAUGUCUCCUCCCUUGGUCCGCUCCAUGCCCUCCUCCCCAUCCAGGAUGGCAUAUGGUGGAUGGGGUACACAUGGAGGGAAAAGAGUUGUUGACCCAGGCAGCUCUGCAUUACCCAGUAACCAGCUCUCAGGGGGAGGCCAGUCCAGCGGUCCUGGUACCAGCACCACCAGCACCAGUGCUAUUCUGGAGAGAAGAGACAUCCGACCUGAUUCAGAUGCAGACCUCGGCAGCAGUAAAAGCACGGCCUUGGUGCUGCGUAAAGACGAAGGAGCCCAGUACUCUGAGUCUUACUCCUCCUCCCCGCAGGAAAGAGGAGUUCGGCUCAGGAUCUCCUCCUCCCUGUGCAGCGCCCCUCCCAUCCUCACCACAGAUGCAGUGGAUUCUGGAGUCCUUGGAAUCCCAGGCGGGCUGCAGCAGUACAGAGCCUCUGUCAAACCUCUGAUGGGCUUCGGGGAAACCAAGGAGCACCAGACCCGCUCCAUCCACAGGCAGAGGAGUAGGAAAUAUGGAGACAGUCAGCUUCCUGCAGUGGGGAUUCAAACCCCACCCCCUUCGCCUCACAGAGUCAGUGAGGGCAGAACGCUUGAUGGACAAAUGGCUGGAAGCAUUGGUCAAAUGUCUCCUGAGAGAAAAUCCUCUCUUCGCCGCUCCCUGAGACGCAGCAGUCACGGCUUCCCAGUGGAGAUCCUCAACAGAGACGGCAGCUUGUCUUCCUCCAUGUCCCCUGUUUUCAUGGACAGUCCUCAGGGUCAACUGUUUCACCCCCGGGGGACACCAAGUUAUAUCCAGAGUGAGAGAAUGAAUGCCAUGGAGGAGCAGAUAGCCAGCCUAGCUGGACUGGUGCACCAUGCUCUGUCUAUGGGGUCAGAUGUUUCAGGAGCUAAGGAUUCUGUCAGUCAGAGUUCUGGAAACAAACAUCUGAACAACCAGCUUGAGAGAACUUCUGACGUGCAGAACCCCAACGCUCUGAUGGAUGUCUUCAGCCCCCCUCCACCAGCCCUUCAGGACCCUCCUUCUGACCGAGGCUUGAGGCAAAGUUUGGUUUCUGCAAAAAGAAAAAUUUGCGAACUGCGACUGCAGCUCAGUCAGCUCAAGUGUUUACAGCUGUCCAACCUGGAUAGUGUGAGUUCCAUGCUGCGGAUGGCAGGUCAGGAGCUGCUGAUGCUGAUGGCUGAAAGACUGGCUCAGGCUGAGGUGGCAGCUUACAGCCAGAGAGCUGAGGUGGAGGAGGACCGGGUCCAGUAUGUGUUCACCGAGGAGAAGCUCCUCACACAGCUCAGUGAACUGGAAGGCUUCGUGGAGUAUCUGCGCAGCUCUGUAUCCAGUCCCGUCCACUCACCGGUCACAAUGAAAGAUGUGGAGGAGGGAGCAGUCAGCCUGCGCAGGAUUGGAGAGGCUCUGGCCAUCCUCAAAGGUGAGUUUCCGGUGCUGCAAGCAAAGAUGCGGUCGGUGCUGAGGCUUGAGGUGGAGGCAGUGCGUUUCCUGAAGGAGGAGCCUCUUAAGAUGGACUCCAUGUUGAAACGGGUCAAAGCUCUGACUGAAACCCUCAGCUCCCUCCGCAGACAUCUGUCAGAGUCAGCCACCUCAGCCAGGUCAACUCAAGUGGAGUCUUUCAGAGUCUUAGACCAGGGCCUUCCAAACGCCCAGAAUCCGUGCAGCUCUCCCAAACCCCAGCCUCGAUACUCCAUCAGAAGCCCCCUGCCUAUGAGCCAAGCUGACGACAGCUUCUCUGAAGCUCACAGACUGAAAAGCGCAGCAGUGACAGAGGUUCAGCUCUACCAGCACCUCCACAACUUUCCACUGACCCACGAACACGACUCACCUACAGGGGCUAAGACCGCAGAGAGACAAACUCCAGAGGGCAGUUUGAGUCCAGAAACCAGCAGCGUAAAUCAGUCCAGGACCACCCAAGAAAACCAGCCACCUGACUGCGAUUCCAGUCAAACCCAGCUUCUUGGUAUCCAAUCAGACGGUCCUCUGACUGGCUCUGUCUCAGGACCAGUGGCUCCCCUGGCCUCAGAACCAGACCAGGACAAACCACAGAAUGGGACAACACAAGUUUCUCAGUUUCCCGCUGCUGCAGAGCCACUUCCUGUAGGGUCUCCGCGCACCGAGCGCAGCUGGAAGCCGCAGGUGGAGAAACCCCGUCGCUCCGGUGUAGACAGCGACAGGAAGCAGAAUCAGGACCGGGUCAAGGUUUUUCCUCCGUUCAGCGGGUCACGUGAGGUCACGUCAGGAAAGUCACAGGUGACCCACAGCUCCACAGAACCUGCUGGUGCUCAGAAACUUGGUGAUCAAGCUGCUCCUCAGCCCAAACCUCCCCGUCAGUUACAGGAAGUCCAACCCAAACCCCCGACGUCUGAUCCUGCUUCCUCCCGCUCAACGUGCACGAAGGAAGGGGAGGGAAACGAGAUGAAGAAGCUCCAGGCCUCUGCAGAAUUGUCAAAUAGAAAUAAUCCACCAGAUGGAUUUAAGCAAAACUCAAAAGGAAAAAGAAAAACAUCUCCAUCCAAAGUGUCCAAAGCAACAUUUACAAACAACUCCAGUGUUUCAUCUGACAAACUGAAAGAUUUUCACCGGGAUGGGUCAACAAGAGGUUUUAAACACACAGAGAAGAAAGUGAUGAAACCAUUGUCUGCACUGAUACGAGCAGUAGUGGAGGAGCAGAUCAGUCCUCCUGGAGCUCCACAGACUUCAUCAGUCUUGGAGCCUCCUUGUGUGUCUGUUCAAACAAACACAGAAGAGGUGACUUCACAGAAAAGAGGGUUUUUAAAAAACACUCCUGAUCAAACCAACAAGGAUAAAGUUGAACGCAUACCAAACACAGAUGUUGCAGUAGUUGUUUCUCUACGAAAAGGUAAAAGUCAAGCAUGUCCUGAACCACAAAACCAAACGGCCAACAGCGAAGCAGCUGAGAAGUCAAAUUUAACAGUUUUGAUCACUUUAGAAAAGAAACCCACAGCCAAGCACCGUGAUACAGAGCCUUUACCAGAUCUUCAGCAGAACGAGUCCCCUUCUACUACAGCCCCAAAACCUCUACCUUCUUCAUCCAGCAAGCAGCAGAACCAGGAAGAAACUGUUCAGGUUCCCAAGGUCCAAUCCCUGAGCAACGAAGAAGAAAACAGCCUGAGAUCUGAUAUUUGGAUCAAGAGGGAUCCAACUUCUCCUCUGUCGACUCAUGACUCUGACUCGGGAGUCUCCAAGGUCAACACUGGGACUAAGUCCAGGAAAGAAAAGACAGAUAACAUGAAUGACUUCAUACCUGUGAACAGCACAGGUCAGCCUGUGUGUUUCGGCCACAAGAACCAUGGGUUUGAGGACAACGAUGAGUCAACUUACAUGAGCAGCAUUGUUGAGUAUGAGGAAGACAUGGACCGUGUUUUGGAGAAAACAGAGACAACAUGUAACGGUGAAGAAGAGGGUGUGAGGGAAACUCCUUUUGCCAACACCAGGACUGGGCAAGGUCCUCCUGACAGCCCAGAAAAUGGUCAAAACUCACCCCGGCCCUCGGUACUGAACAUCUCAAACUCUGAAAACCAAAUCCAGGAUCAGACACUCGUGAAGAUGGAAGCUAAAAGUAUAUUCAAAUUCAAGUUUCCCAAAAACAAACUGGCUGCACUUAGCCAGGCUUUUCGACCAGGAACAAACAAAAUUGCGAAGAAGACUCCAGAACCUGCCGUGGCAGAGAAGAAGAUGGUGUCCGACUGCAGACCCAUCAUGGAGACUGAGAAGCAAACUAAAGAAUCCAAGAGCUCCGAGCUCAGCCCUGACAAAGAUGCCUCAGCCAAUACAAGGCUUUCAAAAUCCAAUGCCCACGUUGAAGCUCUGUGCAAGGGGACAUUUCAGUCCAUCAACAGCUUAGAAGAGUCCAUCAAGCAGUUAGAAAUCAGUAUGGAUGCUAUAACAAGCCCCCCAAACCCCACCUCUAUCGUCUUAUCACCGUCUGACCAUCAGAAUUCCUCUCAGGACCCUUCAGUUGGAGCUCCAGCUAAAGACAAACACAAAAGGGAAAGAAGCUCAUCCAAAAGAUCAGCCACUCAGACCUUCAGGAACCAGAAUCCACCUCAGACUAAAAGAGCCAAAGCUCCGUCUCCACAUCACUCUGGAAGAACCGGGUCCAGGAAACAGAGCUCCAGCAGCACCACAAGCCCCUCUGCUCACCAAAACCAAACUAAAGUCCGGACUUCAUCAUCUGGUUCCUCAGAGAAGAGGCCAGAGGGCCAGCAGCAGACCUCCCAGAAACCACCCAGCCAGCCUCAUCAUGCUGCCUCUGCACGCUAACAUCAGCCCAGACCGGUGAAAGCUUCAGGACCAGCACCUCUUCAGAACCAGCACCUCUUCAGAACCAGAACCUCUUCAGAACCAGUACUUCUUCAGAACCAGCACCUCUUCAGAACCAGAACCUCUUCAGAACCAGUACCUCUUCAGAACCAGCACCAGCUAGUCUUCACCCCACCAUGUUCUCUGACAGCCUCCUGAUUUAGUUGAUGUGAAAUAAAAACUUUAGAUUGUCAUGCCAAAAUAGAAGCACAACAACCUGACACGUCACUACAGGAGGUGUGGCUUCAUGUGGGCGUGGCAUGACAUAGACACACCCACUUUGGGCGCAUCACCUGAAAAAUAACUAGAAUUUAUUUUUUGACACUUUAUUAAAAUAGGAACAAUAGAAAAUUGAUCAAGACUACCAAACCUCACUGAAAAAUGUUUUUGAUGUUUCAAACAUUAUUGUCUGUGUGCUGACAAUUGUUUGUUUUGAUAAAUUAUAUACCUGGUGUGUCUGAAGCUGGUUCUGUUGGUCCAGUUGGAUUGGUUUGUUUGUAAGAACAUGAGAUAUGUCCUCAUUGACCUGAUUUCAGGACACAAAUGAAAAAUCUUUUUUUUAUGGUUUCCGAGUGGAAAUUUUGAGAGUCUGAAUUGAUGAUGUACGAAAAAUACCCAGAAAUUUAUUCAUCUUUUUUUCUUCUAAUUUGUGAGAUGUUUGUAAAACAACCUUUUUGGUCUGACCAAAGCAUGCUUGAUUUUCUUAAAAGCACAGAGGAUUUUUAACAACCUAAUAGUAAAAUAUUACUUCAUGUUUUCAAAUACCUGCAUUGUUAAAAUCAGCUAAUUUAAUACAUCAGCACAGGCUUUUCUAACCCUGAUGAAAGCUGUUAUCCAUGUAAAGUUCCUCUCAUUAAUAAUGCAAAACAAACUCAAUUCUUUGACUGAAUGAAAAAUAACAGUUAAAAAAAACUUGUGAAUAUUUAUCCUGUCCACUGAAUAAGUUCGCACUUUUAUUAAACAUUUGUUUAAAGCCUGAUGUCAAUAUCUACAAAGAAAUGAAGAACUGACAUCAGUUUUUGUGACAAGUUGUAACCUUUCGCUCAGUUCAGUGUAAAUUUAAAAAUAUUAAUAAAAAUAUUGGAUUUUAAAA